AUGGGUUUUCACGUCAGCUUAGCUGUAGGGCUCGCCUGCGUGGCUGGAAUCAUCGCCGAUCCCACUACGGUCUAUGAGAAUACAAGUAAUUCUGCGACAUCCCUGACGUUGCUCUAUCAGAACAACCUCAAUUUCACAGACGAUGUCAACCAUAUCGGAGCAAUUCUAUUGGACUACAUGACCUUGGCCAGCGGUGCCAAAGCAUGUGUCGCAAUCGGCGAGUCCCUGAUACCACAAGCGGCCAUUCAAAAAUACGCUUCCGACUUUAAGCAUUCUCUCGCAUACAGAGCCUAUGCUGGCCGGGCUAGUCAGCGUCAAUCAUACAUGAUCAUGGAUGGCACCCUGACCGCCGACCAGACAUCAGGGGAACUCAUCUUUGGACGCGCCCCUUGCGGUAACCAGACACUGCCCGUGCUUUGCACCCAGUCCAGCAACCAGAACAUGGCCGAAAACGCCGUUGCCACCGGCGCCAACCAGAUUGCCGUCACCUCGAACGGCAACACUUUCGUCGGGUUCCGAAACCAAAAGUCGUUCCGUUUCCAGGGCAUUCCUUUCGCCGACCCGCCGUCACGAUUCAAGUACUCGACAUUGUAUUCCUCCAAGGGCCGGGUCAUUAACGCGACCGCAUACGGUCCCAACUGUGCGCAGGGGUCUGACCCUACAAGUAGUGAGGAUUGUCUCUUUACGCCCUAUAUCCCAAAAGCUGGCUCUACCAAGGAUCUCCGUCCGGUGCACCUGUGGAUCCACGGCGGUGGAUUCACCGGCGGCAACGGUGCCGACGCGGGCAGCGACGGCGGCCAGUUAGCUUCGCGCGAGGAUAUUGUUGUUGUAGAGAUCAACUACCGCUUGAGCACACUCGGCUUCCUGGCCGUGCCUGGGACAAAUAUCACCGGCAACUACGGCAUUGCGGACCAAGUGAAUAUUGCUGCUUUUGGCGGCGAUCCGGAGAAGAUCGUCAUCAGCGGUGGAUCCGCCGGGGCCGGCUCUGUCCGCACACAUCUAGGAUCUCCAAAAUCCAUUGGCAAGUUUCGCGGCGCCAUAGCUAUGUCCAAUCUCGGCGGUGGUGUCGACCUCGGGCUCGACGGCGAUUAUGGUACAACCUACAGCUCCUAUCUUUCUAUCGCGGACUCGUAUAAUCGCUCCGCUCCUCUCUUCUCCGAGGCCGGCUGCAAUCAGGCUACUUUGGAGGCCCAAAUAGCGUGUCUGAUGACCAUUCCCGCACAGACCAUAGUUAACCUCGCAACUGUCGCCCGCUACGUUGUGCAGGAUGGCGUCUAUGUCACGACAGAAAACCUGAAUGUUUACAACAACAAUGGCUCGACUGCCAGCGUCAACACCAUCUGGGGAGUUGCCGCAGAUGAUGGUGCCUCCUUCUCAACGUACUCAGCUGGUCCUAUUGCAAACCAGACAGAAGGACUUAUGGUUGGCCUCGGAAUCUCCAAAGCAUACGCCCAGGAUAUCAUCAACUCCGGCCUGUUUCCUUACUACGACACUGGGAACGCAACUCUCGACUCCUUUAAUGUCACCCAGCGUGUUGCAACCGACAAAACGUUCCGCUGCAUCGAUCAGGCCACCAUCUACGCCGGUGUUCACUCGGGGGCCUUCAAGACUUCCUAUUAUUACCAGCUGGAACGCGCAUAUGGCGGCUACAACCCAAACAAUGUGGACGGGAUAGGUCCGAUCGAGCCGGGAUUUCCGAAAGGCAACCCAGAGAAGCCGUACUUCCGUCUUCACGGCGGUGAUAUGCCUUGGGUGUUUGCAAACCUCUACACUAUUCGAAAUGACAAUGAUCUCAAGUCAGUUCAGCUCAGCUCCGCGUACUUUGCCUCCUUCGUGCGCGAGCUGCAGCCGAACCCAGAUGUCGCGUACCUCUCCGUACGCGGGUAUACUAACACUAGUGCCGGUGUCGCUGCCAGCGGUCUUUGGGAGCCGGUCAGUGGCUUGGAAGGCCCGAUCAAGAGGCUUGACGUUGUCUCCAAGACGGACACCUUCCAAGACAUGGAACAGUGCAGUUUUCUGAACUACAGCGUAAGCUACUACGUUGACGGGGGACUGAAGAAAGCUAGACUGUUUUAG